AUGAAUGAAAUUAUAAAUAGUAACAAAUAUUUACUUGUUCUUGUUCCACUUGUUAGAAAAUAUAUUGAUGAACGAAAAGAUAUGAAUUCUAAUACACAACAUACAGUUGAACAAUAUCUUUUAUUCAUAUCAAACCGAGCUGAAGGUUAGAUUUUUCUUUUUAUCUUUAUCUAUAAUAUUUUUCACAUUCAUCAUAUAAACAAGAUUCAAUUGUAUUAGAAGAAAUUCAAUAAGAUCUUGUUUGAAAAAUGGUAAAAAUAGCAAAUGGACAUGAAAAUUGUCCAC